AUGCUCCCUCCCGUCUCCCGAGUCCCGCCCGGUCACGCCCGCCGCGUCUCGUCUCCGUCCCUGCUCCUGGGCCCCGCGGCACGAGCGGCCCCACCGACCAGUCACGGGCGCGGCUCCCCCCGUCCCCCCGCGACGCUUACAGCUGGGCCCCGCGACUCCGGCCCUGACAAAGUCCCAAAGGCUCGCGAGCGAGCGGGCGGCACACCAGCGAGGAGAGAGAGAGAGAAGAGAGAGAGAGAGAGAGGGAGGCGGAGGAGAGAGAAACCCCUAGUCUCCAGGCUCCAGCCGCCUCGCCUUCCCUUCCCUCUCGCCGCCUCCGCCUCGCCGAGAGGGGCGAGGAAGGAAAGCCCUAAGGGGUUCGCGCCCGCGGACGGCGGCGCCGGCGCCUUCGCCUGCGGAGGGCUACGAGAUCUCGCGGCGGCGCCGCCGGCUGGUGUUUCGGGGUCCAGCGGCGGGCGGGCGGCGGGCGGUGCUUGUGGUGCUCGGUGA